GAGAGAAGGAGGAGCGGCAGUUUUUCAGGCUUUCAGUCAGCGCCGGCCAUCCAUUUCUUACAGUAAUCGGAGAAUCUACAGUAAUCGGAGAAGACGCCAUGCCCGAUGCGACGGAUUCCAAAGGAAACACAGCUCACAUCGAUUUUCGCAGACCCCCUUUCAUGGACUGCGUAGAUGGCCCUUCAAAGACCCCCUCUCUAAAGGUAAGUAUGACCAAUACGUUUACAGUGGAUCUAGAUUAAGCCUCAAUGGAUUUGAAGAGUGUUCAACAUCAACUAGCCGAAACAUGAUAUUUAAAUUCCAGACACAAAAUAAGUCUUUUGAGCUCUUUUAUUCCUUCUACAAUCAUAACUUCUGCAUUUCUGAUUUUGGUGCUAAAAGAUAUCACAUUUGGUUUGAUUUGGACACUGUUAAUUGGAUCCUGGGUUCUUUGCCAUUUUUUUCGAAGCUUAACUGUUGGGCAGUGUCCAAGUUAGAGGAAAAUAGAACCAUUGACCUUUCCAUUGGUUCCAAUAAAAGAGGUAAAUGUCUAAAAUCCGAGAGAGUAGGAGAGAGGGUUGUAUCUUCUUAAUUAUUCCCUUUGAUUCAAACGUUGAUGGCCCAAAACUUUUCACAAAGGCCCUCUCCUUAUUCACCAAGAGAGCUACCAAUCUUGAGUUUUGCUCAAAGGUGUGUGUGUCUGAGGAACCCAAGGAAUCCCUGCACCAUUCUCCCAAGGGAACUGAUGCUUCAUCGCUGCCUAUAGACACAGGGGACGAGGUUAAUACCAAAUGCAGUGGAGAAGUCACAAGUUCAGAGGGUUUUGUUGGUGAUCUCUCCCUAGCCGAAACUAAUAAGCAAAUAGUUAUUUACCAAACUAAAGCAGCUCUUAGCUUCACCCUCUCCACCAGUCAAUCCGAAGAGUUUCCACCUCUACCACGGAAAAUUCUUAGUCCUUCUGCUCCCGCCUUUGUGCCUGCUAUAUACUCCUAUGCUGCUCUUUUCACUCAGGAAGAAGGAUCCGAAGCUAUAGCAAAUCUGGAAGAUGACCCCUUUUCAAAUCUCCAUGUGCAAAGUUUGAUACUAUCCCUCAAUGCAGUGGAAGAUCACGCAAAGGACAGGGAUGGACCCAUUCUAUAUACCCACUCUAAUGGGGAGGAUUUUGUGUUCAUAGAUACAAAGCUCAAACCUCUACAAAUUGACCUCUUAAGAUGCUCCAAACACCCCCUCCAUCUCCGUAAGGAACUCAAGGGCAGAAGGACGUACUCACCGUCACAAAUUGUUACGAGGAGUAAGGCUAAAAUCCUUGAGCAAGGUAGGAAAUUUAAUCCUAUCGGUUGGGUCGAAGAAGAAGACUUGUUAGAUCCCCAAGAAUCACAUGAAGACGAGGUUAUCAAUUUUUUCAAACUUUGUUGUCCUCACAAGAUAGAAGAUCCUAAACCUCUUACCAAGCCCCUUACCAAAACCCAAAAAAAGAAAAUGAAGAAGAAAAAGAAGCAGUCUCAAUUUUCUGCAUAUGGUUUUGAGGAAGAAAUAGAAUAUGCUUAUUGAUUGUCCUGUUGUUUUAGGUAAUCUCUACCUACUGUUUUUUCCUUUAGCUUCCUCUUUUAGUUACUGCCUUAAUUUCCAAGUCAAGGAGUUGGAGUUGAAGCUCAGAGCACCUGUUUUUCAUCUCUCAACACUGCCAUAUCCCUUAUCUUAGGGUAUACGGCUGGUCUCUGUUGAGCUAACACAGUUGUGUUAGGAAUCCCCUUCUGUUUGGAUGGAGGUACAAAGUACAACGACAGAGCUGGGGCAUAAUGCACAUGUUGAUGGAAGAUAAUUGAGGACAAGGGACCUGUGGAAUUGUACUACGCUGUUUGGAGCUAAUGCCUGGUCCUUCACUAAACUGCGCAGACUAUACAAUCCUUGGUGUGGAAAUUAUAACAAGCUGUUUAAUCGGAGCCCCUUUAGAAUUUUGGAAGUUUCUUUUUGUCUAGUUUAUUUAGCUUAUGGUACCUGUUUCUAUUUCCUUUCCUACAUUUACUCUGGCCGAAGUGUUGGGCAACUGGCCACCCCACUUCGGCGGUCAUGGAGGGUUUAAUCACUCAUUGGUGUGUUCCUCGCCCUAAUUUCAUACGCACCACUCUUAAUAGUGUCCUAGCAGAAGACCACACAUGAGUUCAAUUUCUUCAUCAGGUUGGGAGUUUAUUCUUAACUUAUGGGGGUUUGCAGCUUAUUAGUUAUUAUUAAGUUAUAGCUAAUUACACCAUUUUUUAUGACUAUUUUUCACACCAUGCAUUUUGUAUCACAAAUACUGCACUCCACUCCUUUGUGUGAUGCAUUUACAUAUGGAUGUGGGUUCAAAUCUUCCAUUGACACUUUUUUUUACUGAAAGAAAGAGAAAUAUUUUGUAAUUAUUUGAGACUAACAAGAAACAGAUAUGUAACUAAGUGGUUAAAUGAACUUUAAUCUUUUGAAGAUUUACCUUUUUGAUAUUUGAUUCUUUCAUAUCAAAUUGAUUCUUCUACAUCAAAUUGUCUGGUUAAAAAUAUUAUAAUGCAUUAUGUCAUUACAAAAACCUAAUUUAAUGCAUUAUAGUAGCCGAUCAUAUCUGUAUUCAUUUGUUUUAGUAAGGGGCAUGAGUUCCCAUCCAUUCUUAGGGUUCAUACUUCUACUGAUUCAAGUAAGCCUUUGCUUUUUACGGUUUGUAAUAUGCUUUUCGUUUAUUCUAAUUUCUAGCACAUAUUUUUAAUUUACACGAUUUUGUUUUAAUUCAUUGUAUGUGUAUGAAUUCAUUGAGCACUGUCCAGAAU